GGCAGGGAGUGGCGGUCGCCACCCAGCCUGGGGCCCCUGAAGAUCCUCACCCGGUGAGGUCUGUGAACAGAGAGGCCACCAAGUCCCGGCAGGGAGCCACAGAUGUCACUGCCCCCUCCCACUUCCUGCAGCAUGGCGUCGCCCCAGCCCCACAUCCAGGCUGUAGUCACCGAGAGGCAUCGGAUGGGCGAGUGUCCCGUGUGGGAGGAGGCCACGGGGCAGCUGGUCUACGUGGACAUCCUCGCGCAGACCGUGUGCCGCUGGGGCCCGCACGAGGCGCAGGUGCAGACGGUGCGGCUGGGAGACCCCGUGGGCUGCGUGGCCCUGCGCGACAAGGACCCAGGCAGCUACGUGGUGGCCGCGGGCACGCGCGUGGGACUGCUGGACUGGGACUCGCAGGACGUGCAGUGGGUGGCGCAGCUGGACGGACAGACGCCUGGCAUCCGGGUCAAUGAUGGCAAGGUGGACCCCGCGGGGCGCUUCGUGACAGGCACCAUGCCCGAGCCCCUGGCCCCCGGGGUGUGGGAACCCGCGCAGGGCGCCCUCUACUCGCUCCACGGGGAUCACGUGGUGCGGAAGCUCGCCGACCGGCUGGGCAUCUCCAACGGGCUGGACUGGUCACCUGACCAGCGCACGUUCUACCACGUGGACAGCCUGGACUACGCCGUGUACGCCUAUGACUAUGACGUGCAGGCGGGCACCAUCGGUGAGCGUGGGGGCGCCCUUGUGCCCAUGUCCCUUCUCGCCGUGGCCCCGGCGCCCACAGCGUCCGUGUCCCGUGUCCUCGCAGAGAACCGCCGGCUCCUGCUCCAGCUGCCGCGGGGCGGGGCGAUGCCCGACGGGCUGUGCGUGGACAGCGCAGGGUCGCUGUGGGUGGCGUGCAUCGACGGGGGCCGCGUGAUCCGCGUGGACCCGCACACGGGGUCACGAGUGGGAACCCUGGAAUUCCCCGUGUCCCGAGUCACUUCCUGCUGCUUCGGUGGCGCUGACUAUGCGGAUCUCUUCGUGACGUCAGCAGCCGACGGGCUGAGCGCGGAGCAGCUGCGGGGGGAGCCGCAGGCGGGUCACGUGUUCAAGGUCUCCGGCCUGGGCGUUCGCGGACGCGCGUGUUUCCCCUUCGUAGGCUGAGGCCAAGUCCUGUCCAGGUGACCCCGUGACCCCAUGACCCCUGCGAACCCCCGUGACCCCCAUGACCCCUGCGAACCCCCGUGACUCCCGUGUCCCCUAUGACCCCCAUCAUAAAUCCUGCUGUGUUUCCACGA